UGACACCGUUCAAGCAUCUGAUAGACACAGACGCGGAAAUUAAAGUUGAAAGGUGAAAGUGUAAAGGUUUCGUCUUGCUUUGAACAGUUUGUGAUAAUUUCCGUUUCUACUGUAGAUUCAAAUUAAUAUGGCUCAAAUGUGUGGAGGUGCAGGUGAUGUUAUGCCAGCUGAUGAGGAAGUGAAAGGUUAUUGCAAUGAGGUGAAAGCUGACAUACUGAAGAAAGCAGGAAAAGAUUCAGUGGAAAUAUUUGAACCUGUCCACUACAGAAGCCAGGUUGUAGCUGGAGUCAAUUACUUUGUAAAGAUCAGAAUUGGCUCUGGUGGAGAAUGUUUACAUGCUAGAAUUUUCAAGGGUCUUCCUCAUACAGGAGGGAACUUAGAAGUGAGCAGUGUACAAACAAAUAAGAAAGUAGAAGAUGCUGUUGAAUAUUUCUAGUUGUUGAAAGGCAGAUUAAGCAGGGACACUUGAUUGCACAACAGUGGUCAAUAAUUAGCCAAGCUUGAUUUAAGGGCUUUCUUUUUACCUCUAAAUAUUACAAUAGUAAAUACUCAACUUAAAAAAAAAUAUAUAAUGCAUUUUUGUGACCACAGAGCAAAGUUAUUUUAAUUCCAUCUUGGUAAAGCAAGUAUAAUGAUUCGUAAUUUAAGUUCUGUGCCUUGAUACAUUCAAUUCAAGGUUAAGGGAGAGAUACACUAUAUAAGAUGUGCAAUUUCUUUAUUCUUUUAUUAGAGUAUUAACAUUUCUGCAAUUAACAGAAUUUUGUAGAUCUUUACAUUAAUGUGAAUUUUGUUUUGGUUUAAUUUUUUUUAUUUGAAACUGCCUAUAUCCUUGAAAAUACCCCAGGCCCCAUGUUCACAAAGAAAAGAUCAGGAUCAGGAUCAGGUGAUCCUGAUUUUAUUUUCAUUGUUUUAUAAAACUAAAAUUGAUUGUAUUAUGCUAGAAUUAAUAAGUACAUUUUCCAAUUGUAAAUAAUUGCUUAUUUGCAAAGAAACCAACCUAUUUUGGGAUAAAGUCAACUAACAAAACAAAUACAAAAAUAAUCAGAUCAAAAUGAGGAUCAAUUUAAGGAUCAAGAUCAAAAUUUGUAUCAACUGUAAAAUGCCCAUUUCUUGUAAAAAAAACCAAUAAAUUUAUUCUAAAAUUUCAUAAACAUGAAGUCCAGUUUUAUCAAUUUUAUAUUGAAUAUUUAAUCUAUGAGGAUAAACAAUGGAGAAUAUUUGAGUUUUUAAAUUUGAUCCUGAUCUUGAUCCUUAAAUCUUUGUGAACACUGGGUCUAAACCAGGAGUGAAAUAUAAGGGUCAUUCCGUUUUCUUCAGCAUUUACCUUGAAACUUAUUGGUUAUGAUAUUUUCUCUUAGAUAUUUGAAAUAUAAACUAUUUAUACAUUUAAUUUGUGAACUAGUGGCAUUUAUAUAAAUAUUUGAAAGAAAGAGGAAAACAAUAAUUUAACUGGACCAAAUAAUUACAGCUAGAGCAAUGUUAGUUUGUUACAUUUAUAUGUUCAGUAAGCUGUGUAGUUAAUUUUUCACAUAAUUUAAUAUUUAUUUAAUAUUUCUACUUUUUUUCACCCGAACAAAUUAUGUGAUCUUUGUCAAAAUAACUCAUACAUGUUUUAUACUUCAUUUCAAUUUUUUUCUCAUAUUAAGUAAAUGAUGGAACUUUCAAAAAUGAUAAUCUAAUGACUUAUUCUUGUUGCAUUUGAUAUUUAUGCCAUAUUUACAUAUCAUAUGUUUACAUAAAACUUAAACUUACAAUGCUAUAUUGCUUAUAGUUCACAAUACAUUUUACUUUAUUCUAUUUUUGGCUUAUAUUUUAAUGUAUAUUUAAUAAAAGAACAUGAAAUUGAUUUUUUAUAUUUUUGAUAUAUUGUUAAACUGACAUUUUGAAAUUGAUGAAUAGUCAUAGGAUACUAAAUUCAUUAGCAUAAUCUAAAAAUAGAUUAUCUUAUAAAAUACACUUUUAUUUUCUCUGUCCAGGUUUGUAAUGUAUAUUUGAUAAAAUAAAAUAACAUGAAAUUGAUUGUUUAUAUUUUCUAUAUAUUUGUUAACUGAUUAGAGAAACUGCAUUUUUCAAUAACUAUUAUGUUAUUAUUAGAAUUAAUUUUCUGUUCUGUUUAGGUUAAUUAGAAAUAAUCAUUUUGGUUACUAAAGUCAUUAGCAUGUAGUCUAAAAAUAGAAUAUUUUAUAACACUAUGAAAAUCUGAAUUAACUGCUUCAAAGGUACUUCACAUAGAUUUAUUAAACUUUCAUGAAUUAUUGUUAACAUUGGGUAUUAAAAAAAUAUUAAAAAAAUGUUCAAAACCUUUCUUAUUUGUUACAUUUCAUAUAAUUUUGUCCGACUUACUUUAAAGGAUGAAUUUAGAUGAUUAAAGAUGUAAGGUUUAAAGGCCAAUGUCCACCAACACAGUUUGCAAUGUGUUACUAUUUUGUAUUGAGGAAGUAUGUUCUGUUUAUAGCUGAAAAUUUAAAUUGUAAUACAUAUUUGAACUGAUCUUAACGUUGGGACACAGAAAUAAAAAAAGUAUGAGCAUUGUGUGGAUUCGAACCGUUUUGGUUACUUGACGUAUGAUUAAGAGAAAACCUUGUCUAACUUUAAUAAAAGCACAUGAUGAUAGGUCUUUAAAGUAUUUUGAGGCAGGUUGAUUAUCUUUAUGACCAUUAAAGAUUGUUUCACAAAUAAAUGAAUAUAUUUGUCAGAAA